CUCCACUUCUGUUUGUCAUUUAUAUUCGCGCCGCCCCACAAACAAAGUGCCAUUGAAUGUCCAAGGGUCUGGCAUCAGUAUCUACAGCACCAUGAGGACCAAGCCUGGAAAGCGACACUAUAAGUUCCUCUGCGUCUUCCGGGGCAAGCAAGUCGAGGAGGAACGAGAGGUCUCCAGCGAUGAGGAAGAAUUUGACAUCAAACCCAGACUUCUUUGGCCCGCAGAGGAAUCACCUGAUGCAGAACAGGACGACACCUGCGACGUCGAUAACUAUGGCAACACAAAACCAGUCAGUGGUAGCAGCAGCGGUAGCAGUGGUAGUGGCAGCGGUAGCAGUGGUAGUAGCACUCUAGUCCCAUCCGAACGCGAGGACGAUGGGCGUGAAUCUAUAGACAAACUCCCGUGCACAUCACAUCCACCAACACGACUUCAGCACAGGGACAAGCACAAAUACAAGGACAAAGCAGAAGUAGAAGUGGAGGCAGAAGUAGAAGUGGAGGCAGAAGUAGAAGUGGAAGCAGAUGUAGAAGUGGAGGCACCACUGCAGGACAUCGAUGUCUCAUCUUAUCAUCCUGCAACACCGCAACCGCGCACGCCUCGCCAACAGACUCCAGAAGCAGCAGAGACUUCAAAAGCAUCCCUUCAAGAGAUCAGCCGUGGUUAUUAUUCAGAGAUGGUUGCCACAGUGGUGCACGGAGACGAUCGCGAGGGUUCAUUAGUAACAGCGCACGAAAUCAGGAAUCCCUUCAUUGAAGACCCCGACACGACUACUACUGUCGACUUACAGCUCCAGUCAGAGGAACGAAUGCUCCGAUAUCAUGAAUCAAGAGGCAAACUUGGCUAUGUUAUUCGUGGAAACAAAUUCUUAGUAUCGCCAUCAAUAUACGAAAUGGAAUCGCCCACCAACACAUUUGGACCGAGGCUAUUGUUCCCAAAACCACCAUCACCCACCAAAAGGAAGAGCCAAGCAUCAAGAAACAGCCAUCGUCGGGAUAAUUGUGCUAUUUCAUUAACACCCUACGAAACAGAUACUCCCGACGUAUUCGAUCAGUAUAUCCCACACCCAGAAACACCAACAUCACCUAUGCCAGAACACCAAUCGAGACCGUUUUAUUCUCCGGAAACAUCUGUGUAUCACUAUGGCUAUGACGAUCAUGGCGACGAUGGCGAUGGCGAUGGCGGUGGCGGGAGUAGCGCUUAUGGAAGUGAAGGAAAACAACCAGAGGAGACGACCAAGUACAGGGAGUAUUUCAGCACCGUUAAAAGGAAACCACUUGAGAUUCCACGCCCGAAUAAGCACGCACUGGAGGAAGAUGUUUGUGAGAGAGACGACGACGAGGAUGAGGCAGAAGAGAGGGAGGAAGAAGAUGAAGGUCAUGUUUGCGAGGUCUUUGACGGCUGCUGGGGCAGUAGGAAACAUAUUGUUGGCGUCUACUACUGGAAUGAGGAGGAGCGCGCCGAGCAAGAGGGUCGGAUUGACAAACUUCAAAUUCUCGACAGAUGUGUAUGAUCUUCUCUCAACGCCUUUUUCCUGCGACCUUUUUCUCUGCUGUACUUUAUUGUUCAUAAUUGUCUACUCUCCUCUCCUUUUCUACAUUCAUUCUGUAAUUUCUUAUGCACAAUCUGUACAUUUGUAUACCAUCCUCCAUUGUAUUAUUUUUUUUCCUUCACUCUCUC